GGACCAGGCGCACGCAGCUCCCGCACCCCACCCCACCCCCCCGCCGGCGCCUCUCUCCCCGUGCACCCACACGGACAGCGCCGACGAGUCCUGCUUUUGUUUUUUAUAGUUGUUUUUUUUAGGUUUUUUUUUACACCACAUAUCUGGAGUCUUUUCCCCCCCGAUCCGGCGUCUCCCCUGCAGGGCCUCUUCAGUCACACGAGAGGGAGGGAGGGAGAGAGAGAGAGAGAGAGAGAGAGAGAGAGAGAGAGAGAGAGAGGGAGAGAGAAGAAAGUGGGUGUUUGCUGCUCACUGGUGUUGCGGCGGCGGCGGCGCAGCGCGGCGCAGUGUCCUCGAUGGCCGGAUGGAAGGACGCCUCGGUGCAGGAGAAGUACCGGCUGGUGGUGGUCGGAGGCGGCGGCGUCGGGAAGUCAGCCCUGACGAUCCAGUUCAUCCAGUCCUACUUCGUCACUGACUAUGAUCCCACGAUCGAAGACUCCUACACAAAGCAGUGUGUGAUUGACGAAAGGGCGGCCAGGCUUGACAUCCUCGACACGGCCGGACAGGAAGAGUUUGGAGCCAUGAGAGAACAAUACAUGAGGACAGGGGAGGGCUUCCUGCUCGUCUUCUCCGUCACUGACAGGGGAAGCUUUGAAGAAAUCUACAAAUUCCAAAGACAAAUUCUCCGAGUCAAAGACCGAGAUGAGUUCCCGAUGAUCCUUGUAGGAAACAAAGCAGAUCUGGAACCACAGAGACAAGUAACCCAGGAAGAGGGCCAGCAGCUGGCCAGACAGCUGAAGGUCACAUACAUGGAGGCUUCAGCCAAAAUCCGCAUGAACGUAGACCAAGCUUUCCACGAGCUGGUUAGGGUAAUCAGGAAAUUCCAAGAACAGGAAUGUCCACCGUCGCCAGAACCCACAAGGAAAGAGAAAGACAAGAGCGGCUGCCACUGUGUGAUCGUCUGAGUCGGCCUUAUCACUGUAUCUCAUGCAGCUACUCUCGACCACCCCACCCACUCUGCCUGACAUCACAUCCCAAGUGGAUGACCGCUGCCUUCUCCACGUGCAUGACUCCAGACAGCCUUUUCUGAGAUACUUUGACCAGGAACCGCUGUCCCCAGGACAUCACUAUGGACAACUGGCAAUGCCAAAUUCUAACACCACUCUACCUUCAGCCGUAAUCUAAUCCACACGAGAGAGUCCCAACACUAAACAUUGCCUUCUAAAUCAGCCUGACAAAUUAACGUUUUGUACUCUGAAGGACUUCUCUUGCCUUGUAGUGACAUUUGUACCUGCUACCGAGAUUGAAUGAAAAUGAUAUAUCUAGAAUGUUAAUGACUUUCUUUAGUUUCCAGUGUCUGAUCAGAGCAGAGAGAUUAUCUUAUGAAGCUUUGUGUAUGUUGUGCCAUAUCCACCCUUACUCCCAUGUGCUAAUCUGCUACUGUACAUAAGUGACAUUUGUUGUGAUUUUCAAAGUGUAUUUCUAAUGACCUAUUAAAUCACCACAGUACAGUGUGUGAGGUUGAGUUUGGUUUUACACAUAUGAAAGUGAAUAUAUAAGUAUGUAUAUAAAUAUAAUACCUAGACAGCCCUUAAAGCUACAAUGAUAGAACGUUCUACCAUUCUGCUGUGGAUUCUUGACUUUGUCUGUGGUCUCUGCUUGCGUCUCAGUUGCCAAAUACGGAGUGUCUACUGUAACAGAUUUUUCUUUUCAAGUCUUAUAGAUUGAAUGGUUUUUAUCCUGGGCCUUCUCCUCAGUGCGCCGACAGAAGCAACUUUGUCUGAAGUUCUCUCCCAGAAGGUGGCGAUUCAGUCGAAAUUGGGCAUCGUAGGUUGUUUCUGAUUUCUAACAAGCAGGAGAGACUAAAGUACCGGGAGCACAUUUGUGGCGACUUUGGAAACUAACACGAUCUCAGAUCAAAAAACACUGAACGCUGUUUGCUCGAUAUUCAUCUUCUGACAAGUAAUGUUAACAAACGCCAUUUGCUGCAAACCCGAGAAGCUUUCGGAGCUCAGUUUAGUUCAGAUCAUUCCAAUGUAAUGCAUCAUUUCUGUCAAACAUUUAGUCGACAAUAUCACUGUUCUAUCAUUCCAAUAACACAGUGGCAAUGUAUUUCUUUUUUGUUUUUGUCCUUGAAUCAUUCUGUUAAACAACCCUUUUUACCCUGUGGUAAAAAAAACAAACAUCCAGGACAAUUGGAAGCACGAGAUGCACAUCAUUAGAAAAAGAGAAAGGAAAAAACGACCCGUCUCCAAUGGGACAUGAACUCAUCAGACCUGCCACCUGUGGAUCUGUCAUCACCACAGGCACAAAAUACUCUUCCCCCUUUUCCACCUGAAUACUUCAGUCCGGGCAAACAAAUCAAGUACUGCAGUUUGUUUUUCUUAUCAUUGUCUUGUAAUAUAACCAACAAGAAAAUCAGAUGAUAGAAGUAAUGGACUUGAUUAAAUGUUUCUACUCUACUUUUAUACAUUAUUUUCUUAACAAACUAGUUAACGAGUAUUUUUAUAUGUUUAUAAGUGAAUACAUGUUCACAGCCCAGCUGUGCAUAAAUGUAAAGAGGAAUAUUUCAUUCUCUUAUUUUGAACUUAAGAUGACGGUCGGCCCAAAUUUACAAAAUUAGAUCUUUUCACCCAAAUGCGACCAAGAAUGUGUUUUUCUCAUCGUGGCUUAGUAAUGGAUUAUUAAUAUUUAUAUUGGGGUGUUGACCGCCAUCUCCGAGUGUAACAUGCCAGAUCAGGUGGGAGACAGUUUUAGAAACGAUUCUGGUCUUUACACGGGAGCUUUAAAACCACACAAAUGAAUUAUUAUAAUCACUAAGAGUUGAAAUACCCACUUCCCAUCACAUUGCAAAUCCUAGUGUACAUCCAAAUCAUAUUGUUUUUUUUAAAUUCUUUUUCUUCCUUAACAGUGUCUUUUGCCCUGUGUCUAGCUUUUGGUGCUAAAAUAAAAUCUGUCAUUGAGCCA